CUUUACCUGGAUCUAUUAGUUCAGAAUAUAUGGUUGUGUCUGGAGCUGGUGCCCGUCUUAAUGGUGCAGAUGCAUCAAUCUUGUCAUUGUUGUAUGAUUUUGAGGAACUAGAAGGAGAGUUGGACUUUCUUACUCGUGUCGUCGCUCUUACUUUCUAUCCUGCUGCUUCUAGGAGAACUCCAUUAACUCUUGGUGAGUUAGAGGUUCUUGGAGUGUCACUUCCUUGGAAAACCGUUUUCACAAGUGAAAGCCAUGGAGCAAGAUUGCUUGAGCACGCAAAAAUUUGCCAGAAACGGAAUACCUUCUUGUCUGGUCGUCAUUCCACUGUUGUUGGUGGUGCCUCGUGAUCCAGUGAAACUGUGCAACCAAAGACUCUACUGAACUCUUCAUCCAACGAUUAGUUAGAUCUUUUGACUGGAAAUGGAAUUCAUUUGAAUCCGUUCUCUAACCCUUUGAAUGAGCAUAAUGAUGAUCAGGCUGGUUCUCAAUCCACCCCAUCUCUGGAUGUGAAACCAUCUGAUAAAGGCGUUGAACAGUAUAUAUAUAGAGUGCUUAAAGUCCCUUACUGGUCCACAAAUGGUAUGUAUAUGUUAUUCCAUUAGUAUAUGUAUAUUAGUUCUUGCAGGCCUGUGUCAGUAUUCAAAAUAUAUUUAGUAAUACUUUGUACUUUAUAAUAUAAUAGUUCUAUGAAAAUGAGAUGUGAUUUAUGUGUGAA